UUUGUUUUUAUGCGUUUUGUUGAUAUUGAGAGUCAAAUAUUUUCAGAACGUUAUUUAUUCGUCAGAUUAAAAAGCAAUUUAUUGGUCAGAAUUAAGUGCACUUUGUGGGCAUUUAGGGGUUGAUGAAGUAGUUAAACAAUGUCCGAUUGCUGUGAAGAAGUUGAAAACGAUGAAGACUUUUUGGAGCAUAAUUUCGGCAAAGAGUGUUGCGAUAUUUUGGAGCAGUAUCCCGAAAUUUUGGAGUUCAUUUCUAAAUUGCAGGAGCACGUGAGGAAACAACGGAAGAAAAUAUGCAAAUUGAAGAAUAGAUUACUCUCUCAGAAAAAGGCUGAAGAAAAUAAUCCUGAGGAUAAGGCGAUACAAACUGAGAAAUUAGAAGCUCCUGCAUCAUCGAAUAAUUGGGAAAUAAAUUUAGAACAAUCUGGGAGCAUAACAGACCAGGUGAAACAAGUUGCUGAAACUGCUCUUCAGCAAUCUGGUUUCGUCUAUGAAGAAACAUCUGGACUGUACUAUGAUUACAAUUCUGGAUACUAUUACGACGCUAGCCAGAGACUUUAUUACGAUGGAAAUUCUGGGACUUAUUACUCCUACGAUGAAGAUACGAAGUCCUACAAAUUUCACAGUCAACCGACGGCAGUUGAUAAAUGUGAAAAGAGAAGAGCUAAAGUGGCUAAUAAGGAUGAGGCUAAGAGACUGAAAAAAUGUACAACUGACACCGAUGAUAAUCACGUUGAACCGGAGGAGGGUGAAUGCUCGGAUAGUGAUAACAACGAGGUCGGGAGCGAGACUAGCAGUAGUGAUAAUGAGAAUGAUGAGCAAGAAUUGGCAAAGACGUAUCCACCAUGCAUGAGAAUAAUUGUGAAGGAAACAAAUCUCCACAAAUUGAAAGUUGGAUCCCUUUUCAUUGUCACGUACACUGGAGGUUCAAUGGGUCGUGAGGGAGAUCAUUCUGUUCUUAUUCCUGAUAUUAAUAUCAGUAAGCAUCACGCAAAAUUCCAAUACGACGAGACCAAGAAGCACUACGAAGUGAUCGAUCUGGGCUCGAGGAAUGGCACAAUCCUAGAUGGAAAAAGGCUGUCAGUUGCCAAACAGGAGUCAGAGCCCUUCGAAAUAUCUCAUGGAUCCAUCAUUCGAGUGGGGGAGACCAAACUUUUAUGCCACAUUCACUCGGGCUAUGAGACCUGCGGGCACUGUGAACCUGGCUUGGUUCAGCAGAGCCAACCCAUCGAAGGCAAUGCCAUUCCCAGGAAGACUCAGCAUAAAUCGGAGCUCAAGAGGUUGAAGAAUAAAUUCGGGGUCGACAAGGAUAACACCAACACUGCUAGUAUGGUGGCUGCUGGGUAUAGGGACAGGGCUCAAGCUAGGAGGGAGUGCGUGGGGUCGUCUAAUCAUCAUGUGAAGACACAUCAGAGUUCGAUCGACACAUCAAUAGCUAAAGACAACAAAGGUUUCAAACUCCUCUCAAAAAUGGGCUGGACUGAGGGUCAAUCACUGGGGAAAGACGGUGAUGGAAGAACCGAGCCAGUGCCUCUUGUGAAUAAUACGAGCAAGUCUGGGCUGGGUGCGGCUAGCCCCGCAGUGGAGGUGGAUCCUAAUGUCGAGAAGAAACAGGCGCUCUGGAGGAAGACUAGGGAGAGAUAUGACGGCAUAUCCUAGUGAUUUUUAUCAAUUUUAUGGAACUGAAGGAGCAAAGACCUCGGGCCAUUCGGUAUGUACAUUAUCAUCGUAAAUGUCCUCAUAAUUCUUUCACUGAUUAUUUAAUAAACGAAGCGGUGGAUACUGAGAAGGAGAGAAAGCAGUCAGUGGUAAUUUAAACACUGAAGUUUUUUAUUUUUUACUUUGUUAGAAUCAUUGUGAAUUUUUUACACUGAACAUUGUGAAGAAUUGUUGGUAUAAAUGUAAUAAAUGGAUAUAAAACUCAA